GAGUGUUGGCGUGCGAGGGUCGGCGUCUGGUAAUGCCCAAUCUCUGCUGUCUCCUGAGAUGGAUCCGCUCAGUGAAGAGUGCUCACUAUCCCCGGGUUCGUCGUCGCUCAACCAAUGAUUCCUCUCUGCAGACUCGCCUCCUGUGUGUUGGCGGAUCCAAUCCUCUGUCAAGCCGGUGGGUGGUCGACGCGCUCGGUUCGCGAGGACUGCGGCGCUGAUGAGGCCGUCGUGGGAGACGAAGUCCAGAUCAGUGGUAGCCGGGACGAAAUUGGGAGCUGGGCGCAAAUAGGGGGUAUGGAAUUCGAGAUGGCGGAUAGGGGAAUCGUCCGACGGUUCACUGCUCAAUGUGAGGCUGUGGCUGUGCGAACGUGGUUGCGUUGUGCCGGUGGCUGGCUGCUGGUAUGGAGAGCCCCAGCUUGCAGUGUAGUAGUGGCUUGUGUCGCUUUGCACGCUUCGAGGAGCCGAGACCGACGGAGGAGUCUUCAGGAGAUCGAGCGUCCGCCCGUUGAAAGUCGGUGCUGGAAGCGGUGGGAGAAUAGGGGAUGAGCCUCCUUCGUCUGCAGUCGAGGUCGUCGAGAAGGCAGGCGACCCAGGCUGCUCGGCGCGUUGAAGUGAGAUGUUGCCAGGUCCGUCCUCUGCCGUCGCGGCAGGAGGAGGCGAUGAGGGCAAUGAAGACGUUGUUUGAAUAUCUACUGCGUCGUGGCGCGUCAGCCGGGGCAGUGUGGGAUUCACGUUGGCACUGCAGCACGCACCGGAACGAGACCAGCGCAGACGAAGCUCGAGUCGUCUGCUGCUGAGUCUCU